CCACUCCUUCAAGUUGUUUCCGCCAACUUUUGUAGGAGUGGGGGUAAGCGGACAGCUCUCCUUCGAAUUAUCUCUUAGUGAAUGGCUUUAUUGGCCGGUUCUAAAUUUGAAGUUUAAUGUUGUUCUAAAGGAUAAUUGUGUUCACGUUUUUUAACGAAGCCUGUUCCAACAACAAUGUCGAAGCCAAACGAAGUUAGUUUGGAUACUACAGAUACUGUAGAAAUUUCCAAUGAAUCUUCUGGAGAUACCCAGUCAUCCAAGGGUAAAAAUGAAGAUUUUGAAACCAAAAUCGAAACUGACCGUUCUAGAAGAUUUGAAUUUCUGUUAAAGCAAACAGAAAUUUUUUCACAUUUUAUGACGAAUCAAGGAAAGUCUAACAGCCCUGCAAAGCCUAAAGUCGGACGUCCUAGGAAAGAAACUAAUAAAUUAGCUCCAGCAAGUGGUGAUGUAUCUGCCGACCAUCGACAUCGUAUGACUGAACAGGAAGAAGAUGAAGAAUUACUUGCUGAAAGUAACGUUUCUUCAAAAUCAUUAGCAAGAUUCGAUGCUUCACCUUUUUAUAUCAAAAGUGGAGAAUUAAGGGAUUAUCAGAUACGUGGUUUGAACUGGAUGAUAUCUCUUUAUGAACAUGGUAUAAAUGGUAUUCUUGCUGAUGAGAUGGGUUUAGGUAAAACUCUCCAAACCAUCUCGCUUCUUGGUUACAUGAAGCAUUAUAGAAAUAUACCGGGACCACAUAUGGUCAUCGUUCCAAAAUCAACUUUGGCUAAUUGGAUGAAUGAAUUUAAAAAGUGGUGUCCUAGCCUACGUGCUGUGUGUUUGAUUGGAGAUCAGGAAACAAGGAAUGCAUUCAUUAGAGACACUCUAAUGCCUGGAGAAUGGGAUGUGUGUGUUACAUCUUAUGAAAUGAUUAUACGUGAAAAGAGUGUUUUUAAGAAAUUCAACUGGAGAUACAUGGUUAUUGAUGAAGCUCACAGAAUCAAGAAUGAAAAAUCCAAACUCUCUGAGAUUGUGAGAGAGUUCAAAACAACAAAUAGAUUACUUUUGACUGGUACCCCAUUGCAAAACAACCUCCAUGAAUUGUGGUCCCUUCUUAACUUCCUUCUACCAGAUGUCUUCAAUUCAUCAGACGAUUUCGAUUCAUGGUUUAAUACCAACACCUUCCUUGGAGACAAUUCUCUCGUUGAGAGAUUACAUGCAGUACUAAGGCCUUUCCUCCUAAGAAGAUUGAAAUCUGAGGUAGAGAAAAAGCUCAAACCCAAGAAAGAAGUUAAAAUUUAUGUUGGACUAAGUAAAAUGCAAAGAGAAUGGUAUACCAAAGUUCUAAUGAAAGAUAUAGACGUCGUAAACGGUGCUGGUCGAGUUGAAAAAAUGCGCCUCCAAAACAUCCUCAUGCAAUUGAGGAAAUGCAGUAACCACCCUUACCUUUUCGAUGGAGCUGAGCCAGGUCCUCCCUAUUCAACUGAUGAACAUCUGGUUUAUAACAGUGGGAAAAUGGCGAUAUUAGACAAGCUCCUUCCUAAAUUACAAGAACAAGGCUCACGAGUUCUGAUUUUCAGCCAAAUGACGAGGAUGAUUGAUAUUCUUGAAGACUAUUGUUACUGGAGGCAAUAUAAUUAUUGUCGUCUUGAUGGUAAUACCCCUCAUGAGGAUAGGCAGCGGCAAAUAAAUGAGUUUAAUGAAGAUGACAGUAAAAAAUUCAUAUUCAUGUUAUCCACUCGUGCAGGUGGUUUGGGUAUCAAUUUAGCCACUGCAGAUGUAGUAAUUUUGUAUGAUUCGGAUUGGAACCCGCAAAUGGAUCUACAGGCCAUGGAUCGUGCUCAUCGAAUUGGUCAAAAGAAACAAGUCAAAGUAUUUAGAAUGAUAACUGAAAACACAGUUGAAGAGAAAAUUGUCGAGAGAGCUGAAAUAAAACUCCGCCUUGAUAAGUUGGUUAUCCAACAAGGUCGACUUGUUGACAAUAAAACGGCACUUAACAAAGAUGAAAUGCUGAAUAUGAUCCGUCAUGGUGCCAAUCAUGUUUUUGCAAGUAAAGACUCUGAAAUCACUGAUGAAGACAUUGACACGAUUUUGGAAAAAGGAGAGGCUAGGACAGAAGAAAUGAAUAAGAAGCUCGAACAACUUGGAGAUUCUAACUUGAAAGACUUCAUGAUGGAAACCCCAACUGAGUCUGUUUACCAAUUUGAAGGAGAAGAUUACAGGGAAAAACAGAAAGUUUUAGGGAUAGGGAGUUGGAUAGAACCUCCGAAAAGAGAACGUAAAGCUAAUUAUGCUGUUGACGCUUAUUUUAGAGAGGCAUUAAGAGUAUCUGAACCUAAAGCUCCUAAAGCACCAAGGCCUCCUAAGCAGCCUAUAGUCCAAGAUUUCCAAUUCUUUCCUCCUCGGCUGUUUGAGCUAUUGGACCAAGAAAUCUAUUAUUUCAGAAAAACUGUAGGAUACAAAGUGCCUAAAAAUCCUGAAUUAGGUUCAGAUGCAUCACGUGUCCAAAAAGAAGAACAAAGAAAAAUUGAUGAGGCAGAACCUUUAACAGAAGAAGAACUUACUGAAAAGGAGAAACUUCUUACUCAGGGUUUUACCAAUUGGACUAAAAGAGAUUUCAACCAGUUUAUCAAAGCCAAUGAAAAAUAUGGCCGUGACGAUAUUGAUAAUAUUUCAAAAGAAGUAGAAGGAAAAACGCCUGAAGAAGUGAGAGCUUACUCAGAGGUGUUUUGGGAACGAUGCAAUGAGCUACAGGACAUAGAUCGUAUCAUGGGACAGAUUGACAGGGGAGAGGCUAAAAUUCAGAGGAGAGCUAGUAUUAAGAAAGCCCUUGAUACUAAGAUGAGCCGAUACAGAGCCCCAUUUCAUCAACUUCGCAUUUCCUAUGGUACAAAUAAGGGUAAAAAUUAUACUGAGGAAGAAGAUAGAUUCCUUGUUUGUAUGUUGCAUAAGCUUGGUUUUGACAAGGAAAAUGUAUAUGAAGAACUUCGUGCUAUGGUCAGGUGCGCACCUCAAUUCAGAUUUGAUUGGUUUAUCAAAUCGAGAACAGCAAUGGAACUGCAGAGGCGCUGUAAUACACUUAUCACUCUGAUAGAAAGAGAAAACCAGGAACUUGAAGAAAGAGAAAGGGCUGAAAAGAGAAAAGGAAGGGGGAGUGGACGAGGUCCUGGUUCUGGGAAAAGGAAAGGAGAGGGUUCUAUUUCCUCACCCCCUCCUGUUCCAGGCCAAGGGGAUAAGAAUAGCCCUGCAAGGAAAAAGAAAAAAAUUUAAUUUCUACUUUUCAUGAAAGGGAGUCAUUUUAAGAUGUCUUUUCUUAGAUAUUUAUUUUGUGAAAACUGUGAUGUAUUUUUUAUCCGUUCCGAAAAGCUCUACUGUUUUGACAGUUAUUAAUUAAUGUAGUUUUUCUUCUUUUUUAAUGUAAAAUAAAAUAUGAAAUCUUAAUU